CGGGCCCCGCGCCAUGGCCGGGGGGCGGCGGGGCGCAGGGCGCUGAGGGGGCGGCGGGAGCAUGGCCGAGUCGCUGCGGGAGGAGCCGCCGGGCGGGCCGGAGUCGGAGGCCGAGCUGUCGCAGCGGCUGGCCCGCACCAAGGCCCGCUCGUACGGCAGCACGGCGAGCGUGGCGGCGCCGCUGGCCGAGCGCUACGUGGAGCACCGCCUCAGCGCCGGGGACACGCUGCAGGGCAUCGCCCUCAAGUACGGCGUCACGAUGGAACAAAUAAAGAGGGCAAAUAAACUGUUCACUAAUGACUGUAUAUUUCUGAGGAAAACCCUGAAUAUUCCUGUUAUAUCAGAGAAACCAUUACUGUUCAAUGGACUUAAUUCACUGGAGUCUCCUGAGAAUGAAACUGUUGACAGCUCCCCUUCUUGUGAAGAAGGCCCAGUGACAGUUCAGGAAGAAAGUAGUUCUUCUCCCAGUCCUCAAGAACCUGACAAUCAGCCCACUGCACCAGAAGAACUGUCUGCCAAAGAUUUUCUACAGAGAUUGGACUUGCAGAUUAAGUUAUCCAAACAAGCAGCCAGAAAACUAAAAGAUGACAGUGUCAGAGAGGAGGAGAAUGAGGAAGGUCCCUAUGCAACUUCUUCAUAUCACCACUAGAAGACAGAUGCGAUGGCCUGAAAACUUUCCAUGAAAUCAGUUCUUACAGAACUAAAUGGUCAAUAACUCAAAAAAGUCUUUUGGACUCAUCAUCAUGAUGUACUUUAUACAAGUCAUGAAUGGGUAAUUGCACUGAAAUUAUGACCUCUUCUGCCUUCCAUAGGUUAAUGUCCUUAUGCUAUAUGAACAAAGGGUUGAAGCCUUCCAAAACUAGCAAUGGCCUUUAUACCCCUUCUGUGCAAACUGUAGCAUGGUAGCAAAAUAUAUCCUUGAGGUCACCCUUUACGCAGGAUGUUGAUCUUUAGUAAAGAUUUUGUAAAUACUUGUUUAAGUGAAAUUUGUUUUAAGUAUUUAAGAUGUUAAGUAAGUUUGCUUGUAAAUGACAAAACCAUAAGUGGAAGUUUACUUAUUCUGCAGACACAGGCAAGCUUGCUGUGGAAGUUGUGUCUACUUCAGGGCUGCAGAACUUGCCUCUGAACUGUACGUGGCUGUGUGGUUAUAAGAACAUCCUUUAUUUCUAGGAAGGGGAGUCUGGCUUGUUUUCGUUACUUAAAGCCUUUACUAUUAAAGAACUGUCUACAAACAUUGGCUAGUAAAAGGGAAGCGUUACAGCAAGAGAUUUUUCUUUUGUAAGAUAAAGCAUUGAAAUAUCAGAUGUGUGUUCUUGUGUGCAGUUACAUUGUGUGGUUUUAAUUUAAUAAAUAAAUUUCAAUGUUUGUUCAUUA